UUGUUCCUGAGAACUUUUUUCAGACCUCUGGGAAAUUACGCUGGGCCAAGUGGGCCAUGACAGACAGCUGCGAGCAACUCAGUCUAUCGCAGGAAACCAUAACAUAGGUCCAGCCUCGUAGAGCUCAGACGGCAGGCAAAUCCUGAAAUGAAGUUUACCAUUCCUACUGUACCCGUCGCACAAAGCACCACAUCACCACCCCACGAUGACUCGCGAUUCGUUGACCAGCCUGGUACCCACGUUACCUCUGCGCGUUCUCCGCCUGGAGAACCGUUCCCGCAGGAUGCCGCACCUCUAAGCUGGAAAAAGUAUCAGGGGGUUUCAGCUGGUGGCGGGCACAAGCAAGGUGGUGGGCCAGAAGGCGGCGAGACGAAGGCCAGGACGAGAAAAUUUGUUCCGGGUGGCCUUGCUGAGCGCUUGACAAAUUUAGCUGCGGUAGAUAGGUCGGAUAGUAUCAUGUGGAUGCACACGACGAGUGAAGCUCGCAAACGGCAGUAUGGUGCACAGCCUAGUAUCGUUGUCAGCGUCAUGACAGCAACGCAUGAUCUGUUCAUGAAUGUCACUUGGGCGGAUUGCCGGCCGUGGAUCCCACGCACGCCGUUGGGGAUUUUGGCCGAUGGACCAACACCCAGCGAAUUCCCUCUUGAUGACGUGAACCAGGAGUCCGACAUCACGAAUGUAGUGUUCCGGCAUUGCACAAAACUACACAACAUGGCAUCCGCGGAUGAGCGCAAUUGGACGACUAUCGAGUCGGGGCAUGUGGUGGAACUAUAUGAUCCAGUCGUAGUCGAAAGGGGGAUCGGAGCGGAUUCGGCGGCGAACAAGCGUGGAACAGGGGCUUCCACCGAAACAGUUCUCUUGUGCACCAAGUUUAUUAUUGUGGAAACCAGGGAGGGUUAGCUACCAGAAAGUCCCCAAGGCGUUAAGCCGACGAACUCGUGCUGCUCUCAUAUCGUGGCGCGGGGCCGAAGAACAUGAUGGACCUCAACCUCAAUACUCUUCAGGACACUGUAUAUAUACUGUACCGCCCGCGAUUUGGACAGCCGAAUUCUCGACAAGCGACCUGCAGGAGAUUGAUCCACCUUCGCCUGCCUAGCUUCAAGUUUCGGACCUGCGUUCAGGUCCGGUCCGGUCCAGGGUCCGGUCCUGCGAUCGAAUGUCCAGUCCUUCGGGCAACUGUUGAGAUGAAGCACCACCGGGAAUGUUGCUAGUCACACUCACGGA